AUGGCCAAAAAUUUAUCCCGAUCCGCUCAACUUAUAGAUUACGAAAGUGAUUCAGAAAAUGCUGCCAAUAUGCAGAAACAACUCGGCCCGAGAUCACUUUCUACCGGCGGAAUUUCAUCAGAUGAAUCCAUGCGUGCCUUGGAGAAUUUGAUAAUUUGUACAAUUUGCCAGAACCGCCUGCGAUCACCAAAAAUGCUCCAGUGUCAGCAUACGUUUUGUCUUGCGUGCCUAAAAUUAUCACUUAAGCAACUUGAUCAUGAAAAUUAUAUUAUGUGUCCAACCUGCAAUAGCAUGCAGGAAUUAUCGUCCGUUUCCGGUGAUAUAUCGAACUUGCCACCAAAUUUGUAUAUUGACUCUGUAAUGAAGGUGCUGGACGGUCAACAGAAUGUGCCAGUCUUCCGAGACCAACAUCAGUCCUUAUCGCUGCUGGCUACCACCGGCAAAUGCCCUAACGAAGAGUCCCAUUCGAAAUGUUACAAAUGCGAUACGUUCGGUAGCGUUAUGAUGCAAAAUUGUGAUCACUGCAAACAGAUCCUAUGUGCCAUCUGUUGGCAAACCCACAUGGAUGAACUUGCCAAACAAGUUCGGCAACUUGAUGUGCAACUCAACUCGGCCAGUGAAAAAAUGGACCACAAAGUGACCGCCUAUAAGAGUCGCUUCAACGACAUCAACAUGCAAAUCAAGGAAUACUUUGAGGAACAAAUAAGCCUUCUCCAAAGUAAUGAAUGCUCUUUGCUAGACAGUUCGCAAAGAAUACUAAACGAUGGGCUUUGUUCACACGAGCUCGUAAUGGAGAAGAUACGACACCUGAGGGCCACCAUCGGGGACAGCGCCAUCGGUGCACAUGGCAAUCUGGUGCAACUCUUUCUGAAUUUGCAUAGAGAAAUUUCGAUUGUCUUCGAAGAAAUUUCCCACUGGGGCAAGGAGAUCAUCCUGUUUGAUCAGCAAAAUAUGAAAAUUGAAGUGCUGAAUGCGUGCAGUGAUAACAAACCCCAAAACGAAAUUAGCAAGGAAAACGAGGCACGAAAACCUUGUCCUUUAAACAAGGAAACACUAAACGCACAGGAAAAUGUUUUGGUUUUCUACAGGAACCACUCUUUUAAACCGAAACUAUUCUGGAACAAGUGUCAUCGUCCGGCAGGGGUUGGUCUAGCGCCAUGGAAACACGCAUCAACUGAUCAACCGCUAAUUUACAUUGCAGGAGCCGAGAGCAAAAUUGUGUUUGUCAUUAAUAAAUCGAAUGGGGAAAUAGUACAGCGCAUCUGUCACGACAACAUGGUCUACCCAAAUGGCAUAGCAUUCGAUGCAACGAAAAAGGCAGUUUUCGUAUCGGAUAAAUGGAAACAUUGCAUUUUUGUGUUCACUGCUAGCGGAGAAUUUCUUCGGCAGCUUUGUGACAAGGGAGAUCAGGAGGGCUACUUACGGUCACCAGAAGGAUUGGCUGUUGGUCCCAACGACUCACUCUUCAUAUGUGAUACGGGUAACGAUAGAGUUCAGUGCAUCAAUGCGGUUACCGGUCGGAUGCUCUCCCAAUUUGGCCGUGUCGUAAAGGAGCAGCUACUUAAGGCAACACAAACAAAAGUUCCAACGCGCUACGUAGAUCUCAAGAGUCCGACGGGUAUAGCGAUUCACAAUGACACGGUCGUUGUUCUGGACAGCGGCAAUCGGCGAGUCAAAACUUUCAACAAACGUGGCGAAAAAGUCAGGGAGUUUGGCCAAACUGGUUCCGCGACGGGGCAGUUCCAGUACCCGGAGGUGAUUGCGGUUGAUUCGUGCGGUUUCAUACUGGUAGGCGACGGUGGCAACGCAAAGGUGCUGAUAUUUCGUCCGAACGGUCAGUUCGUUGCGGCGGUUGGCUCGCGAGGUGAAUCGCCCGGGAAGUUCAACUGGUUAUCCGGACUGGCUGUCACCGAGGACCGUGAGAUUAUCAUCAGCGAUUACCGAAAUCACACCGUUCAGGUGAUUGUGUAGAACACCGAAGAGAGAUUAGGAGUUUAUUGUUUCGGCCAUAUUUACAAAAAUAUAUAUCUGUAGUUUUUGUUCAACGGUCACUCUGUGGUAUAAUAUAAUUAAAUAAA